GGGCACUAUCCAAGCUUUCUAGAGUAAACAAUGGAGGAAGAAGAUCUUUAACGGGCAAAUUCAUUCCAAUUCAUUCAUCUACCAAAGUAAGUGCGUUAUUUUUUGAUCAUCUGUUGUUUUAAUUUGACGAAGCAUUUUCAUUGAUUAGUGGAGUCGAUCAGAAGUGCAUUGAUUUUUGGGUGCUGUAGUUGAAUUUGAUUCUGUAAUCAGGUUUACAAACCAAGAGUAUAGGUUUUACCACAUCAUUAAUGGCGUCGAUGUAGUUGUUGCUUCUAUAAGGGCAGUCAUUUUAGGUGAUGAGAUAUAGGGCAGUCAUUUUCAUGAAUUCAGCAAGAGUUUGUAGUUAUAGGUUUCGUCAGUUCUCCUCUUCGACGCCAUGGAUUUCCCCUUUACAGUAUCUGAAACCAGCUCCAAAAAAAUCAGACCCGCCACAAGAGACCUCAAUUAUCCAUUUAGAAGGUCAGAGGAAACAGAAAUUUAUCUCUCACGAGACUGCUAUCAACAUGAUCAAAUGUGAGAGAGAUCCGCAAGGUGCCUUGGAAAUUUUUAACAAGGUCUCAGAGCAGAAGGGUUUUAAUCAUAACACUGCUACCUAUGCAACUAUACUUCAAAAGCUGGCUAAGUCCAAGAAGUUUAAGGCUGUUGAUGCGGUUCUUCGCCAAAUGAGGUUUGAAACUUGCAAGUUCCAUGAGGGAAUAUUUCUUAAUUUGAUGAAACAUUUCUCUAAGAGUUCCUCACAUGAGAGAGUGAUUGAAAUGUUCUAUUUGAUUCAACCAAUUGUUCGUGAAAAACCCUCUCUUAACGCCAUCAGCACUUGCCUCAAUCUACUGGUUGAAUCAGACCAUAUUGAUUUUGUCUGUGAUAUUAUAUUGCAUUGCAAGAAGUGUCUCAAUUUGGUUCCCAAUACGUGCAUUUUUAACAUUUUAGUUAAGCAUCAUUGCAAAAAUGGGAAUCUUGAGUCUGCCUUUGGGGUUGUGGAGGAGAUGAGAAAUUCCAGUAUUUCUUAUCCUAAUGUAAUCACCUACUCAACUCUUCUUGGCGGUCUUUGCAAGAACGGAAGGCUUAAAGAGGCAAUGGAGCUGUUUGAGAACAUGGUCUCAAAGGAUAAUAUCUUGCCUGAUGCCCUAACCUAUAAUGUUCUGAUCAAUGGCUUUUGCCGUGGAGGGAAUGUUGAUGGGGCGAGGAAAAUAAUUGUGUUUAUGAGGAAAAGUGGAUGCAAUCCCAAUAUGUUCAAUUAUUCAGCUAUGAUGAAUGGAUUUUCUAAGGAAGGAAGGUUGCAGGAGGCUGAGGCAGUUUUCGAAGAGAUGAAAAGUUUUGGUCUGAAACCUGAUACAGUUGGAUAUACAACAUUGAUUGACUGUGCCUGUAGAGCUGGAAGAAUUGACGAAGCAUUGGACUUACUUAAAGAGAUGAAAGAAAGUGAAUGCAAAGCUGAUGUUGUAACUUUCAAUGUUUUACUUGGGGGAUUGUCCAGAGAAGGUAGGUUUGAAGAGGCUCUUCUGAUGAUUGAGAAACUACCUUUCGAGGGUGUUUAUCUGAACAAAGCAAGUUACAGGAUUGUGCUGAAUUGCUUGUGCCAGAGAGGUGAACUGGAAAAGGCUACUGAACUGUUAAGUUUAAUGCUGGGCAGAGGGUUUUUGCCACAUUUUGCAACUUCAAAUGAGAUGUUAGUUCUGUUUUGUAAAGCUGGAAUGGCAGAAGAUGCUGCCAUGGCAUUGCUUGGACUAGUAGAGAUGGGUUUCAAGCCUUGUCCUGAUACAUGGAUGCAUUUAGUUGAAUUGAUCUGCAGAGAAAGAAAGUUGUUGCCUGUGUUUGAAUUACUUGAUGAAUUGCUCGCACGAAAUUAGGAAACAUAUAACAUUUUCUUCUAAAUGAAGUUGGAUAUGUUCGAGAGGCAGCAGCAUGUUGAAUCCUCACCACAAGAAAGAAGUUGACUUGCAGAAGUACUAAAGAUAAUAGCCGGGUCUUGAACGGGCAUAGUGCCAAUGCACCUUUGAUCAGCUUUUAUGGCAUGGGACGUAUUUUGCUAUGGUGAAUACUUAUUUUUUAUGAUCUCCUUAGUCUCUUGCCCUUAUUUGGAGUCUCUUGCCCUUAUUUGGAUUUGAUGUUAGGUAGAAGAUGAUAGGGGUUAGAGGUACACUCUCACCACCCAUGAACAGUAACUUGGGGAAGGUAUAUAGACUUAUAUGGUAUGAAACUUAAGGACAGAAAGAAAUUUAAAUCAAAUGAUGGUCUGCAACGGUUGGAGAGAGUACCGUUUGGGUUCAUUAUAUUGAAUUGUUCGCGAAGGUUGGAGAGAGGACAGCUCGGAUUCAAUAAUGAUGGUUCGCGAUGGUUGGGGGAAGACAGUUCGGGUUAUCCAUCAUUAUCCGUAAACGUAACUACUCGUCUUUACAUGUACGCCCUAGCUAUUCUGUUUGUUGCAGAUUUUCGGCUACUUUCAUGAAGCUCAUUGCCAAAUCAAGAUUCAUAUAAUAAUCAGUUUCAUAGGAAAAGCACAAUGAGGUCUACCUUAUGUGUA